UCGCGCCUCCUGUCAAUGAAUGUAUGAAUGUGUCCGGGCGCGCGCACUUCCGCUGCCCCCGCCCGCGAGACUGGACCAUCUGAUCUUCAUCCUACGUAAGACCGUCGCUCCGCCUCGCUCUCCUAUCAGACCGUUUCCCCUACCGCAUCCAUUUUUGUGCAUUCAAGAAAUCUCUUGGAGUUAGUAGCAGCAACCAGGAGGGAAUCUCGGGGAAGGUUGCGAGCGAGGACGCCGAUAACCGCAAUAAGAGAUCGCGCGCCCUGCCAUUGGACGAUGCGCGAGAGCUCUCCAUUCGCAGCCGCAGCCAUGGGUUAGACUGCAUUCACCAUGAUUGCGAAAUAAAAGCAGCUACACCUGAAAAUGUCAGCUCGGGGGGCCCCGGCCGCAUCCCCUGCGGCUCCUGCUCCGCCGGACAUGCCGGAUCUGAGCCACCUCACCGAGGAGGAGAGGAAGAUCAUCCUCUCGGUCAUGGACCGACAGAAGAAAGAGGAGGAGAAAGAGCAGUCCAUGCUGAAGGAACCUCCCAAAGAAGACACAAAGCCUCAACCAGCUCAGAAGUUACACCAGCAGUUUGAGAUGUAUAAGGACCAGGUGAAGAAGAUCGGAGAGGAGGCUCAGAAGAAUCCGGAGCAGAAGGGAGACUCACCCACCUGUGGGAUCUGCCACAAAACCAAGUUUGCCGAUGGCUGCGGCCACGUCUGUUCUUAUUGCCAAACUAAGUUCUGCGCACGCUGUGGAGGACGCGUCUCUCUCCGGUCCAACAAAGUAAUGUGGGUAUGCAACCUGUGCCGAAAACAACAAGAAAUCCUCACCAAGUCGGGAGCGUGGUUCUACAGUGGUCCUGAGGGGUCCAGAUCACGACCCCAAGCCAAAGUAAGAGGAGGCCGAGCCGGAACAAAUCAGGACCCUCUCAGAAACGGUUCAGGGGUCCCCUCAGAUAGAAACAGAAGCCCAUCAGCAUCCAGGGACCCAAACGCGGCAUAUAACCAAAGGGAGGGGGAAGGAGGAUUACAGUAUGCCCCGGCUGAAGGUGGCAUGCCCCGCUCUCCGUCCGACUACGGACGUGACCCUGGCCGUUCGCCAAGGAGUUCAAGAAUGUACAACGAGGUGGGUGAUUAUCGAGACAGUCGAGGACGCUGGCACUCACAAGGCCAGCGUUUGGACGGCCAGUUAGAUGACUAUGAACUCCAGAGGCGCCGUGAGGAGGAAUACCAGGCCCGAUACCGCAGUGAUCCCAACCUGGCGCGCUACCCAGUCAAACCCCAGCCCUACGAGGAGCAGAUGCGCAUCCACGCCCAGGUGUCACGGGCUCGGCAUGAGCGGCGCCAUAGCGACGUCUCACUUGCUUAUACAGAACUUGACGAGCCUCUGCAUGGCCCCGGUGUGCGGAAGUCGCGCCUCCCUCUUUUGGGAGGCCCAAGUCAACUCUCAUACUCUAUGGACAGGAGCUCACCGGGACAUCGAAUGUCAAAUCAUAGCCCACCAACACCACACCGCAGCCCUGUGCUGGGUGAAAGCCGGCGAGGACUGGCGGAGCCAACUAGGAAACCCAUACCCCAACAGCACCACUUGGAUCCUAGCUCGGCUAUGCGCAGGAAUAAACGGGACAAAAUGGAUAGCAUGCUGCGAAAUGACUCCCUAAGCUCAGACCAAUCCGAAUCGGUUCGGCCUCCUCCACCUCGACCCAACCGCAGCAAACGCCUUGGCAAGCUCAGAACCAUGGGCAGCUUCAGCAGCUCAGAGGAGGAGUUGGCCACCACACCAGAGUACACCAGCUGUGAGGAUGUGGAGCUGGAGAGCGAGUCCAUCAGUGAAAAAGGCAACAUUCAAAGGGGAAAAAGAAAAACAAAUGAGCAGGCAUAUUUUUUGGACGCCCUGUCUGAGAGGCAAAAGACAGUGGUGCGAUUUUGGGAACGCUCUCACGACGAAGACGUGGAGUGGUGCGAGCCGCAGGUCAAAGAUUCAGGGGUUGACACGUGCAGUAGCACCACGCUAAACGAGGAGCAUAGCCAUAGCGACAAGCACCCGGUGACAUGGCAGCCAUCCAAAGAUGGAGAGCGCCUAAUAGGGCGGAUAGUGCUAAACAAGCGGAUGAAAGAUGGCACAGUGCCCAGAGACACGGGGGCACUGCUGGGCCUCAAGGUCGUGGGAGGGAAGAUGACAGAGUCUGGCAGACUUUGUGCUUUCAUCACGAAGGUGAAGAGAGGAAGUCUAGCAGACACUGUCGGCCAUCUCCGACCAGGUGAUCAGGUUCUGGAGUGGAACGGGAGAGUCUUGCAGGGAGCCACAUUCAAGGAAGUUUACAAUAUUAUUCUAGAAUCCAAGCCAGAGCCCCAGGUGGAGCUGGUGGUCUCACGGCCCAUUGGAGAUGUCCCUAGAAUACCAGAGAGCACACAUGGGCAACUUGAAUCAAGUUCAAGUUCCUUUGAAUCCCAAAAAAUGGGUCCCUCCAUCUCUGUCACGUCCCCCAUGAGUCCUGGCAUGCACCGGGAAACCCCUCAGUAUCUGUCUGGACAGCUCUCAAGUCCAUGCCUUAGUAGAAGAACCACGCCUUUUGUCCCUAGGGUCCAGGUAAAGCUGUGGUACGAUAAAGUGGGACAUCAACUCAUCGUCACUAUCCUGGGCGCCAAAGACCUGCCUUCACGAGAAGACGGGCGGCCUAGGAAUCCCUACGUCAAAAUCUACUUCCUCCCCGACAGAAGUGAUAAAAGCAAGAGGAGAACGAAAACAGUGAAGAAAUCUCUGGAGCCAAAGUGGAACCAGACAUUCAUGUACUCGCCAGUGCACAGGCGAGAGUUCAGGGAACGUAUGCUGGAGAUCACUCUAUGGGACCAGGCCAGAGUCCGAGAGGAAGAAAGCGAGUUCCUGGGAGAGAUUCUGAUAGAGCUGGAGACAGCGCUGUUGGACGAUCAGCCUCAUUGGUAUAAGCUCCAAACGCAUGACGUGUCCUCUAUGCCGCUGCCUAACCCCUCACCCUACAUGCAGAGACGUCUCCUACAUGGAGAGAGUCCAACGCGCAGGUUACAAAUCAAGAGCCCGUAUUUGUACAACUCAGGGUCACAGAGAAUCAGUGACAGCGAGUUCUCUGAUUACGACUGUGAAGAUGGGAUUGGUGUUAUCUCAGAUUACCGGCACAAUGGCAGGGAUUUCCAGAGCUCCACUCUGUCUGUACCUGAGCAGGUGAUGUCAUCCAAUCACUGUUCACGAUCAGACAUGAGCCGCACACGUUCACGCUCACCCAGCGUUCCUCCCCCACAAAGUCGAAGUUUAGACCACGGUGUGAGAGGAGCACCCUCGCUUUAUGGCCCCCGACAACGCCUGUCCGAAGACAGAUACUCACCAGACAGCCAGUAUCUUACCCUCCCUCCUCGAACCAGACACAGACAGCCAACCAUCGACCCCGCUAUCCAGGACCCCAGUAUGUGCCCCCUCUAUCGGGAAGAUGCGGUCAGGUUACUGCGCUCCACUAGGAUGGCCCGUGCAUACUCAGAAGGGUACAAUAGCGUGGACAGGAGGAUGAGGAGAGAUAGACAAAUGUCUGCCUACAGUGACUCUUUUGAAACACCUGAGAGAUAUUACAAUGGGCCCAAUCAUGUAUCUACUCCAUGGCCCAAUCAUGUCAUGAAUGGAACCGGUGGGGAUUACAGUAGGACGUGCCCCAGGAUAGAAAUUGAGCCUUCUACAGAUACAGAAAGAGAGGAUCAUAUUCCAGAGUUCCCAGCUAACAAUGAGCACUUUGAGGAAGAUCUGAGGUAUAGCCGCAGCAUGGUGGACAGACAUGACCAUUACAGGUCCAGGUCAGCUGACCAGCGGCCUAUGAUGGAGCGACCGGUCUACACCCGCUCCCGCUCGUCCGAGCGGCCCGACUCCGGCUACAUGAGAUCCAUGCCAUCCUUACCGUCAGGGAGAUCCGCCCCUCCCUCUCCUGCCUUAACGAGGGCAAAUCCCCGCACCGGAUCGGUCCAAACAAGUCCAACCAGCACGCCAGUAUCGAGUCGAAGAGGUCGGCAGCUACCGCAAGUCCCACCAAAGGGGUCUAUGGACAGAACAGUAGUGUCAGAGUCAACAGUGUCAGAGAAUGGAGAUGCAGGCACUUUGAAGGAUCCAUCAAGGCAUGGGAUGGACAGUCUCUCCAUGAGGUCAUCGGACAGUGAUGUAAGCGACGUGUCCGCUAUGUCGAGUGCAUCUCGGCUUAGCAGCACGAGCUACAUGUCUGUCCAAUCAGAAAGGGUGCGAGCGAGCCGCAGGAUCAGUGAGUUUACAUCUAAAAUGAAACACAGGGCUCAGACGGCCACCCCUGGCUCCAACAUCACCAAGAGUUCCAGUGUGGGUGGAGACAUGUGCUCGCUGGGCAGGAACGACGAUGAGGACGAUGACAAGAAGAGGCGCUCCAGCUUUGGGGCGAAGAUGGCCGCCAUGGUUGGACUGGGGAAAAAGAGUCAAAGUACCUCCCAGCUGGACCCAGAGGAGGAGGGUAAGAAGAAGAAGCCGGUGCGGCUGGCAAUCCAGCGGAGUGUGGAGACGGGUUUAGCCAUUGAGAUGAAGAGUAGGAUGACACGGCAGCCCAGCCGAGAGACCACAGAUGAUGGUGAAAAGGCAAAACCAGGAAAUCUAAUCUUCCCUGGAGUGAAGAUCUCAUCGGACAGCCAGUUCACUGAGUUUUUGGAUGGUCUUGGUCCAGCCCAGCUGGCAGGGAGACAGACAUUGGCCACGCCUCCAAUGGGUGACAUCCAGAUUGGUAUGGUACACAGGAAAGAAAGGCUGGAUGUUGAAGUUAUUCGGGCUCGAGGCCUGGUAGGCAAACCAGGGAACAAACAGACUCCAGCACCUUAUGUAAAAGUAUAUCUGCUGGACAAUGGGAAAUGCAUCAACAAAAAGAAAACACGGACAGCGAGAAAAACGCUGGAUCCUCUUUAUCAACAGCAGCUUCAGUUUGAGGAGAACCCUGAGGGGAAGGUUUUACAGAUUAUUGUUUGGGGGGACUAUGGACGCAUGGACCACAAGUCCUUCAUGGGGGCCGCCCAGAUCCUGUUAGACGAUUUAGAGCUGACCAACAUGGUGAUUGGCUGGUACAAGCUUUUCCCUCCCACCUCAUUGGUGGACCCAACCUUGGCACCUUUAAGUAGUAAACCUCCAGAUUCAGGCCUGGACAGUUCCAACGUUCGGUCGUAGCGGCACGAGGAGGUGAGCGGUAGAGAGCGGCGUGAGUAGCUCCAGCUACUGACAGAGAGGAGAGGGUCUCGACGGGUCACGUCCUGGUUACACUGCAUGCUUGAUGUUGUGUCCUCUGAGCCCGUGCAACAAGAGGCAAAGAAAAGGCCUGCGUCCUGCCAAAAAAAUAAACGAAAAGAAAAUGUAUGCUGCUGUCACACGCAGGGAAAGAACGCCACAGGAAGUCUCUCCAUUCAGCUGAAGAGAUGCAGCCAGGGAUUCGGCAGAGUCUGACUCUUAACCGUAGGAAAAGGAAGACACUGUUCUACUCUGGCUGUUUACUCUCUGUUGUUUUCAAAGAGAUGUCAGUGUUUCUUACCUAGAACUUGAUGCGUUGUAGCCAUUACCGUGAGCCAAGCUGUCAAAAGAUCUUGGCUGAGAUGGAACAGAAAGGGUAACCUAGGAGAGAUGACGUCCUCAUGGGAAUGACCCUACAUCAAGCCCAAUCUCCAGUGGAUCGAUUUUCAAAGUUCGACGAUGAGGAAAUGGAUAUGGCCAGAGAUCCUGUUUGAUUCAGGAAACAACACAAUUCUGAAAAAAAAAAAAAUUACAAAAAAUAAAUAAAUAAUGGACCUUUUUGUGCUCCGGUAUGAUGUUCUCUUCGUUGAUGUACUGUAUGAUUUUUUUUCUUUUUUUUUUUUUUUUCCUUUUUUUUUUUUUUUUGCAUGGAUGCAAAGUUGUUUUUAAAAAAAAAAUCUACAGUUAUUUUCCUCGAGACUUGCAAAAAAAGAAAUAAAAAAAAGAAAGAGAGGAAGAAACUUAUUUAAGGAUGACCAGAUCAGCCAUUUUCAACAGUUUGUAUUAUUUUUAAUAUGAAAUUCUCUAGUGCAUGAUUUUCAAAGGGACUGAAUGCAAAAUGAUAAUGAUGUGAUUGUCAUCCUUUAGAAUAUUCUUCUGUAUUUUUACAGAUCUCGGUUACAGGUGUGGCCUGGUGAGACUUUGUAUCUCAUAUUAUUAACGGGAAAAAAAAAAAGAGACGGUUGAGGAAAACAAUAAAUGUACAAUAUUUAUUUCGAUAUAAAAACAUAACAUGAAAAUUGUACAUUUCUCCCUUCAAAUGCAGCCAUAAUUGUGUUCAUGUGGAGACAGAGCUGUAGAUUAUCGUAUGGGUCUGUCAUGAUUCCACUGUGUUCCGUUACACUAGAAUGGCUCAUUCAUUCAAAGCAAGCAUGUUGAAAAGGGUCUGCAACAUGGAUUGAGCACACCGUCUGAGUAAUACAGCAUGUUUUGAUAGAGACAUCUGGGAAUUUUUCGCAGUUUUAUGUACAGUGCAUGUGGACCAGAGGCUCUGUCGUCCCCCCCGAUCCAGUGGCGUCCACGGAUUCAGGUCGGGGUCGAGGUUUUGUGGCCGACGGUUCAGACAUUCAACGCAACAUUCCACCUCUUGGCACUCAUCUUAUCUUGAAGUUUUGAAAAGAAAAAAAAAGGAAAAGAGAAUCAAACAGACAAAAGAAAACUAAAAAAAAACAUGGGGGGAAACGUCAAGAAGAAAAUUUAUAUUUAUUCAAGGUUGACUUGAAAAGGUUGCAAGUAUAUUUUAUUUUAUUAUUGUUAUAAAGAAAAUGUUAUAAAAAAGGAUCCCAUUGGAUGGUGCUGUACAAGUCUCUGAACUCAGAGUGGACUGGACAAUAUUUAUACACGUGUUAUUCAACACAUCAGACACUGGUUGUCGAAUGAGGAGUGAGUCACAGUUCGUGGAGAUGGGAAAAUUGCCACACAAUAUGAAUUUUUAAUUGUUUCUUGUUUUGAGAGAAUAAAAUUCAUUUACUAA